UACAGAGAAUUUGCCUGAAAGCAUUUAACAUGGGUGCGAAGCGUUUGGUUAUUUAAAUAAAAAAUUCUCACGUACAUGAUGAAAUAAUGAAGGAAAACCAGUUAUUAUCUAUUGUUCUAAUAAACACACAAAUGCAAUAACGGAUUUAAGGUGAUUGCUUUGCACUUAUUGAUGUGGGCAUUAAUACAAUUUGCGUGGGAUUCACGGGGAUUAUUGGAAAUAGAAGCCUAAUUUAGUGAUAAGAUCGUAAUAUAAUUUCGGUGUUGAAAAGAAAGAGCGCAAUAGUUGCGUAGGACGUAGGAGGUGGCCUACGUUCACUCUAUCUCUGACGUCAAUUGCACUCUAACCACAAAUUUGCAGAAAACAGGAUCGAUUGUUUUUAGUUGAGGAUGGCCGACAGCCAUAUGUUUCCUCUGGUAUUGUUUAUAAUAUUUAGUGUUUUUAAUGUAGUGACACGGUGCUCGGAUUUGAGAAAGUUUCCUCUCUUGAUGCCCAACGUCUAUCCAUACAAGGAUGAAUUUUACGUCUGCACACCAAUAAAAAUAGUACCUGAGAAAAACUUCUAUAUUGUUGGCUUUGAGCCCAAUGCUACAAUGAAUGUGGCCCAUCACAUGUUAUUAUUUGGAUGUUCAUCUCUUGCAUCAUAUGAUGAAUACUGGGAUUGUGGAGAAAUGGCAGAUUCGGAAUCUGAUGGAAAAUUAAGAAAAGCUACUCCUUGUGCACAAGGCAGUCAUGUUAUUUAUGCUUGGGCUCGGAACGCUAAACUAUUAAAACUCCCUGAGGAUGUAGGUUUCCUCAUUGGUAAAGACACCCCGAUAAAAUAUUUGGUACUACAGAUUCAUUAUUCGAAGAAGUUUCCGGAAGGAUUAACGGAUAAUUCUGGAUUGUUCUUAGUUUACACUGAAAGACCGCAGAGCAAGUUGGCUGCGGUUUUGCUGCUGGCUGCCGGAGGACGAAUUCCUCCAAAGGAAAUCACAAAAAUGGACGUUGAAUGUAAAAUUUACGAAGAUAAAGUAAUAUAUCCUUUCGCCUAUAGAACUCACACCCAUUCCCUCGGUCGAGUGGUAUCAGGGUAUCGAGUAACUAGGGAAAAUGGUAUCGACCAUUGGCAUUUAUUGGGCAAAAGGGAUCCAAUGACACCGCAGAUGUUUUAUCCAGUCUUCGAUGAAACUCCAAUACUACCGGGAGAUAAAAUAGCUGCUAGAUGCACUAUGGACAGCACUUCGCGAGAUCGUUUUACGGAAGUUGGGCCUACGAACAAUGAUGAAAUGUGCAACUUUUACCUAAUGUAUUAUGUGGAGCGGGGCACUCCACUGGAUAUAGCCAGUUGUUACGACAAAGGACCUCCAAAUUAUUAUUGGCGCAACAAUGAUGAACUGAAUAACAUUCCGGAGAAGGAAGCUUCGUCUCUUCUCUAAGAAAAGUCCAAUUCAACAAUUUCUCUCUAUGACUUCUUUGAGAUUUAAAUAAAUAAAAAUUAUAUUUGUUUUAGGCGAUAACAACAUUCAGUAUUAGGUACAUAUUAUCAUUUUAUGGAAAUUUAGAAAAUUACUUUUGUUUUUUAAACUCUAAAAAAUAGUUGUUUUUAUUCAGAAUAAAAUUAUUGGCAUAUAUCGCUCUAGAUCAGCGUUUUCUAAACUGUAAACUAUGCGAAGGCUUGGUAAUCAUUGGUCUAGAUAAUAGAUGAUGAUAACCUUGCAGAAUUAUUCGUAUCUAAGCAUUUGAUGACAGGAAAAUUUCCCCUCGAACUAAAGACGGCUGUUCUUUAAAUUUAAAUCUCGAAUAUAAAACGUUGACAAUUUGUUUCAUUAAUGUAAUACAUCUUGUAUUAGUGCACUAUUAGUUGUGAUUUUUUUACAUUCCGUCUAUUUUUGAUAUCCUUAUUUUUGUAUUACUUACAUAUAUAUUAUAUAAUAUAUGUAGUACCUAAAGUUCAGGGACAUCCUAACUUAUCAUAUCAGUUUAGAAGUGUGGGUUAGUUAUAUUUUUCACUGUAUACAAGUGAAUGCUUCGGAUAGUUGAUUGUAUUUAACUUUUAAAUAGUUACUUUGUAGGCUAAGGAAUUUCUUUGAACAACUAUGUAUAUUUGAAUGAGUUUCUCUCUGAUUUAGUCACUCGAUUAUUAACGCAAAUUUGUUUUAUUUGCUACUUUAAGUAUGCAAUGUUUUACUUAUUCGUUGUUUUGCUUAUUUGCACUUGUUCUAUGUUUGAAUACUUGAGUAAAAAUAGCGUAGUAGUAAAAUAGCGAAAAAUAAAAAAUGUACAAUCGUCAUUAAAAGUGCAAACCUGAGAACCUCUUAAUUAAAGUCUUCAAUGGAAAAUAGGUGCUGACCAUUAAAUGCGUAAUAAAAAUACUUUCGAGUUUUGGAGAUUAAAUGACGGUCUCGCGUUUUAAAUGUUUCAGUGUUCCUUCAGAAAGUUAAAAAACAAGGUCUUUGCUUAACCAAUAAAGUGAUUAUUUAACAAAUGAAAUGAUUUAUCAAACAUAUAUCUGACUAAAUAUGUUCAAAAAUACCUAGAUGCGACCAUUAUAAUGAUAUGAAUUUCAGAUUGUCUUAAUAAGCUAGUGUCUUCUUUAGAAAUUGUAAACUUGAUGGCACUCUGAUGUACUUAUCAAACCACUUUACAUCAUAUCCUAGUCAAAUAACGUAUAAAAAAUUGGUGUAGAUAGAAAAUGAUAUCUAGUAUAUCAUUAAAUCUAAUGUAAAAUAAAGUAUAAAGUGUACGUGUACCCUGACUCUUGUACAUCAAAGCUGUGUUAGGUUUAUCAAUUCCAUUAUUAUGUUAUUAUUGUAAUCCUUUGCACCAUGGGCAGCAGGCAAUUUAUCUAAAUAUGUUAUGUUAUAGUUGAGAUAUAAAAUAAUGGGAUGCUCUGGUGUUUCCUGUUAAAAGAGCACUAGUAUAUUGUUAUUCGACCUAUUUUGGACUUGAUGAGCGAAGUGUGAGCACAGUGGUGGGUCUAUAAAGUUGCACUUGAUAUAUUUUAUGUAGUAAAAAUUAUUUUAUUCUGUUAUUAUAACUAAUAAAUCGUUUAAAAGCA